AUGCCAAGUUUCCUCAAUUCGAGGAGGUCGGGAUCAGUGUCGUUGAAUUUGUCAUUCCCUGGAGCAGGUGCUGGCUCCAAGUUAUUACGCAGACAUUUCAGAAGUUCAUCGGUCCUCCUACUACGAAAUGCGUAUUUCCAGUUGCCUACGCUCGGCAAAGAAGGCGCACUAACAGCACUUGAGUCCAGGGUUGCC